CAUAAUAGUACUUCUCUCCCCCAUAUAAUCUCUAUUCCCUAAGGACCCUAACACUAACGUUUCCCCAUAUGGCUUUAUUUUAGUGGGCUUAUGUGCCUCCUUAUUUUCUCCUCCAUCACUAACACUUAUGUUCCCCAAUAUCAAGAUACUCAAAUUUAAGAUUCACUGACAUGAUGACUUAAUGUUAAAGAGUAUAAUAUUUACCAUCAUACACUCACACUACUUACUUACUACGGCGAGUAUAUAUAAAUUGUAACUCUAUUAUACUCGUACACAUAUACAUUAUGUCUUUGUUAGUCAUAUUAUAGUAAGAUCAAAUUUACCUCUCAAAUAUUGAAACCUGGCUCAGUUAGCUGCAUAAGUUUUUAUGCAAGCUGAAUGGGGAAGGCAGGCGGUACAUCCUGGAUUACCGCGGUGAAGAAGGUUUUCCGAUCUCCUAUGAAAUCAUCGCCUAAGAAAAACUGCAAGAGAAAAGAAGAAUGUGCAAGAGAUGAUGAAGAAGAAGAAAAGAAAACAGAGAAAAGAAGAUGGAUUUUCAGGAAAAAUUCUAGUCAUAAUCAACAAUAUGAGGCAAACAUGACUAGCAAAGAAGUGCAAGCAGAUUCGAUUUCAAUCCAUCAGCACAGACGCAUAAUAGCCGCGGCAGAAGCUAGUAUAGCAGCAGCAAAAUCAGCUGUGGCAACUACUAAAACUGCUAUUAGAGUUCAGAACAUAAUACCUGCAUAUUUGGCUAGAGAAUACUAUGCUGCUUUGAUUAUUCAGACAGUUUUUAGAGGCUACCUAGCAAGACGAGCUCUGCGAGCACUCAAGGGGAUUGUGAAGCUGCAAGCAUUAGUGAGAGGCCAUAACAUAAGAAAGCAAGCAAAGACGACAUUGAAAUGUAUGCAAGCUCUGAUUCGUGUGCAAGCUAAACUCUGUGAUCAAUCUUCACCAAAGGUUUCACAUGGUCUAACCCGAAAGUCUAUGUUUGCUGAAAGUAACAACUUAUGGGACAAAUACAAAAAUAUCUGUCAAAGAAAACCAAUGUCUGGAGAUGAGAAUAGCAUUGAAGAGCAAUGCAAAAGCCCUUUAUACACAAUAGAGGAUAUUGAAGCCAUGUUUCAAAGCAAAAAGGAAGCAUCUUUAUGCCGUGAACAAGCCCUUGCCUUUGCCUUAUCUCAACAGAUACGAAGAUUUGACCAGAAAGUAUAUCCAAAAGAUGAGAAAGACCAGGAAAACAAGGACAACGAAUGGCUCAGUCAGUGGCUGGACUCUAAAGAGUACAGUGAGAAUCACAUUAGACUAACAAAACACAAAAUAGAGGCAGUAAAGAAUGUUGAAAUGGAGUCAUUACCACCUCAUCUCAGCACACCAACAAGUUUUCAGCGAUCACAGCAGCAUAGGAGACACAGCCUGCAUGUUGCCUCUCCAGGCUUAAACACCACACGCCCUAUGACCCCAUCGCUACGCGAUACAAGGCCACAGCAGGUUCAAUCAGCAAGUCCGCGAUGCAGUAAAGGAUAUAAAAGCCACUCAGCAGCAAAUACCCCUAGCUUACGCUUGAGUACGACAACACCAAACUACAUGGCAGCCACAGAAUCAGCAAGGGACAGAGCUCGAACACAGAGUACACCCAGGCAGAGACAUUCUACAUCAGAUAGAGAAGUUCGAGGGGGAUCAUCAGUAAGGAAACGACUCUCGUUCCCUAAUCCUGAUCCACAGUAUCUAGGGAACAUCUACACUACUGAUUAUAGUUCCUUCAGCCAGAACUUAAGAAGUCCAAGCUUCAGAAGUGUUCAGGAAGGUAUGUAUAGUCGUAUAGAUAGAGCGACUACCUGUUCUUCCUACACAGACAUUACAGGAGGAGAAAUUUCUCCAGCCUCAACAAGAAGUCAUCUUAGAAGGUGGUUAAGUUAAACGAAUAGAGAUAAACCAGGGGAAUUAAGGGAUCAUAUCUUAUAUCUGACAUGUUGAUUAAUGUUAACUAGGAGUCUAGGAUUAAAUCCAGUGUUUUAUUAUCAUUGCUGUAGAAAAUUAGUUUGAAAUCUUACUCUAUUUAAAACCUCUAAUUCUGAUUCAUUAUCUUUUUGUUUAACUACUAUGUUAAUAAAACUCAGCUUAGCAAUAAUCUCAUCACAAUCUCUCAAUGCAUCAAAAGCCCUAACCACACCGUUCCAAUGAUGAUCAUUUCUCAAAUCCAAGACAACUUCAGCUGUAGCCUGAUGAUCAUUUCUCAAAUCCAAGACAACUUCAGCUGUAGCCUUAAGAGUCGCACUCUAGCUGCGGCUCUUUGAUCAACUGAUGGACGUUGGCACGCAUACACUCUAGUUGAUUACCA